AUGUAUCCUGCAGUAAAUGAAAAUGAUGAGAGCUAUGCAACUCACAACAACUAUCCUGCCUAUGCUCAACCAGUGGUGGCAUUUCCAAAUUAUGGCACUCCACAACCACAACCUGGUGCUCCUCCAUACAUCGGCACCAGUGUGAGGGGUCGUAUGACACAGCAAUGGACAACUGGUCUUUGUCAUUGUCUUGAUGAUCCUGGAAAUUGCUUAGUCACUUGUUUCUGCCCUUGUGUUACGUUUGGAUUGAUAGCAGAAAUAGUAGAUAAAGGCACUACAACUUGCGCUUGUUGUGGAACUAUAUAUGGAACACUGCUAGCUUUUACUGGGCUUGCAUGCUUGUACUCUUGCAGUUAUAGGUCCAAACUAAGGGUUCAAUAUGAUUUGCCAGAGGCUCCUUGUAUGGAUUGCUUAGUUCAUUUCUGCUGUGAAACUUGCGCUCUAUGUCAGGAGUAUAGAGAGCUUAAAAACCGUGGAUUUGACUUGAGCAUAGGCUGGGACGCCAACGUGGAAAGACGAAGGCAAGAAGUUACAUUAGCUCCGGUAAUUUCACAGUCUAUGACAAGAUGA